AUGGCAGCAUUUCUGGCUAGACAGAUGCUCGGAAACCGAUCGGGAAAGAUCCUCAAGACUGCAUAUUCUAGCUCCGGUACGCUUGUUGGUAGAUCUUUUUGGUCCUCCAACAUUCCCAUAACAGUAACUCUCUUACAUGGAGAUGGUAUCGGUCCAGAAAUAGCUGAAGCUGUCAAACAGGUGUUUACUGUCGCUAGUGCUCCCAUUGAAUGGGAAGAACACUAUGUUUGUACAGAAACAGAUCCUAGAACCAAUAGUUUCUUAACUUUGGAAUGCCUCGAAUCUCUGCGCUGUAACAAGUUUGGCUUGAAAGGGCCAACGGAGAUGCCAUUGCCUAGUCGAAAAGGUCGUCUUAGGAGAGAGAUACAGUUUUAUGCCAAAGUUAGGCCUUUCUUUAGUUUUCCAGGCUACAAAACCCGUUACGAUGACGUCGACCUCAUCAUCAUCCGUGAAAACACACAAGGAGAGUACAGUGGGAUUGAACAUCAGGUUGUUAAAGGUGUGGUGCAAAGUCUUGAGAUUAUUACACAUGAGGCGAGUUUGAGAAUUGCAGAGUAUGCAUUUCACUAUGCCAAGACUCAUGGGAGGAAGAAAGUUUCUGCCAUUCACAAAUCUAACAUUAUGCAGAAAACUGAUGGUCUUUUUCUCAAGUGUUGUCAAGAGGUUGCUAUUAAGUAUCCUGAGAUUAUAUAUGAGGAGGUUGUGAUUGACACUUGUUGUAUGAUGCUUGUGAAAAACCCAUCAGUUUUUGAUGUCUUGCUGAUGCCAAAUCUCUAUGGAGACAUUAUCAGUAAUCUAUGUGCCGAAUUGGUUGGUGGGCUAGGGUUAACUCCAAGUUGUAAUAUCGGAGAGGAUGGUCUUGCUCUUGCUGAAGUUGUUCAUGAUUCUGCACCUGAUAUUGCAGGAAUGAACCUGGCGAAUCCUACAGCUAUGCUUUUAAGUGGAGUUAUGUUGCUGCGCCACCUGGAGCUCAAUGAAGAAGCAGAGCAAAUCCACAAAGCCAUUACCAAAACAAUAGCAGAGGGCAAGCAUCGUACUCCUGACCUCGGAGGUACCUCAACCACGACGGAAUUCACUGAAGCCAUCUGCGAUCACCUCAUAAUCUCAUAA